AUGGCUUCCCAGUCCCGAAAACUCACCUACUUGGCUGGUAGUCCGGAAGGAGAAAUUCAAGUGAAGAACUCUGUCAGAGCCAUUGGUGGCAUGGAAGUUUUAGUUCGGGUCACCCAUUCGGGGCUCUGUGGCACUGAUGUCCACGAUCGAACUGCGGGUUGCGGCCUUGGGCAUGAGGGGAUUGGAUUUGUUGAGAAAAAAGGUGCAGAAGUGACAGCUGUGGAAAUUGGACAAAGAGUUGGAUGGGGAUGGCAACUAUCGUCGUGCGGACACUGCCGAGAAUGUAUCUCGGGAUACCGACAAUACUGUCCGGAGUCUAAGGGUCAAAAAUAUGGCGAGCUCGAGCAGGGAGCCUUUGGGGAUUAUGUGGUCAAGCAUCAGGAGUUCGUAUAUCCAAUCCCUGUUGAGAUUGAGUCUAAGUUUGCUGGGCCUCUCAAUUGUGCGGGACAAUCUCUGAUUGAUCUGCAGAUCACGGUCUACGAAGCUCUGCAUGUGGCUGGCAGCAAGCCAUCGGACUGCAUCGGAGUUGUUGGUCUCGGAGGGCUAGGCCACCUUGCAGUUUUAUAUGCUCGUGCUAUGGGAUGUGAUGUGGUUGUAUUUUCUGGGAGUGAAUCUAAGAGAGCAGAUGCAAUGGCUCUGGGGGCUACCGAGUUCUGCCUGCUUCCUAGAGAAGGUGGCCCGAUUCACAACUUGAAAGCAGGAAUUAACGUUUUGCUACUUUGCGGUGGAGAACUACCAAAUUUUGAAGUGUCAUCGGAUUAUCAUAAAAGUGCAAGCACCGAAGCUUCACGCCAAAACCACAUUGAUGCACUUGCAUUCGCCGCGCGACAUGGCAUCAAACCAUGGAUCGAAGAAUUUCCCAUGAGUGCUGAGGGUUUGCGUAACGCAUUGACAGCACUUGAGAGUGGCAAAGUGCGAUAUCGUGCUGUGCUGAGUACGGAAGUGGAAGGUGGAGGCCACCUUAGUUAA